ACUACCAGUCGUAUUUCCACGGAUGGUUCCCCAGCAAGGAUAGCUUCGAAAUGAUUUUAGUUAAUCGAAAGGUGCCGUCGUUCUAGGUGCAUCCACCAAGACACGUAGUUCGAAUACCAUCGACGGGGGGCUUUCUAUUCGCUCGCGAGGUGCGCGAUCUAUAACUAUAUCGAAAAAGGACAAAAAACAACGUUAAAUACCCAGACAACUCAACUAUAUAGAUAGAUAGACAAUUUAAGAUAGGCCUUUAUAGACGUUGUCUUUAUUAAAUGUUAAGGAUAGAUUAGAGAUGGAAGUAAUCAGUGAGACGAGUUCCGUUAAUGGAUAUGGACGUUGGUGAUAUACAGGACGGACAUGGAAAAAGCGUAAAAGACAUUCCACCCGUUCCUAUUAAAACAUACAAGUGGGAAGACGUGAGAAGAGCAAAAUUAAGAGGACAUUAUCCGUAUACACAUCUAACAAAAGACCAUUUCGACGAGGAUAUCGAUUUAAACGAAUUUAAAAUGGAUACGAAAGAGAAAAUUAAAAAAUCAAACAGCGGUGUAGAAAUACAAGAAAUUGAAGAAACUGUUAUCUCACCAGAUAAAAAACCUGAAGUAAUCAUAACAAGUGAAGAUAAAGAACAGUUAAUAACCGAGAAAAAUCACCAAGAAUCUGAGGGAAUCGUUGAAUCAGCAGAUAGCUCAGCUGAUGAUAACAUUAGCCAAUAUUUAGAGAAAGAUGAUAAAGUGAUGAUUGUUGAAGACGAUAAGGUUGACGAAGAAAAACCAAGUACAAGUAAAAACGUUGAUUCAAGUGAUCGUCUUAAAGUUGAAGAAGAAGAUAAUCGCGCGAAUCGUGCUAAAAGUGAAGAACCGAAGCGAAAAAGAAAGCUCUCGAUCGAAAGUGCUUACAGUAGAAUUAGCUUACCCAAAUUUGGGGUGCUGAAAAAAUUACGCGCAGCUAAAGAUAAAAUAAAAUUAACUUUUUCGAAAUCCGAACCGAAAUUAAACGAAAAAAAUGAGAAAAAAGAUAAAAAGGAAAAAUCAUCAAAAGACGUUCUUAAACAAAGUGUUGAACCAAAAAUUGCUAAUGAUAAACCUGUUUAUAUCCAUAUACCAUUAAAACCACCUCCAGGUCAAACCGAUGAGUUUUCUUAUUUAGAAUUUGAAGACCCAACAACACCAACAAUAACUAAAAAAAGUCCAAGUCCAAGCCCAAAACCAGAGGAUGUCAUCAAAGAAACGACCACAAACGAUUCAAAACCCUCAACACCUAAUAAUGGGAACAUUACAAACGACGUUCAAUUUAUUAUUUUAACUGCACCAUCGGAUGAUGAAGUUCUCGAUGAUGUCACAAUACCAGAAAGUGCUUCAUCCGGUGAUAAAAAAUUUUUUGAUGGCACAAAACUAAAAGAACUUAAAACGAUAGCUAAAGGCUGUAUGGAUGAUAUCGCAACAGACGCUCAAAUUGAUGGAAUUAUUUUUGAAGACGUAAUCCAAGUUGAGUACGUCGAUGAACAUAACAAUCCUAUUGGAACUACCGAAAGAAGUAGUUUUAUAGAAAUAAACGAAGAUAAUUUACCAACAAUCGAAAAACAACUAAGUCAAAGAAAUAUUCUCGAAGAACUUCAAAAAGAAGUUACUUCUUCGAUGGAUUCGAUUAACAAAUUAGUUAGAAAUCGAUCGUUGAGAUCUUUAAGAUCUUCACCGAAUCGUACAAGAAGCAAUGAAGGUUUAAAAGAUCUUGGUAUGACUAAAGAAGCACCGGAAUUAUCUUCUUUACCUAGUAUCAGUGGUGGGAUGAAGAAAACUAUGAGUUUAAAAGAAACUAGACGAACGAAAGACAAGAAAAAAGAAUUAAUAGAUGAACCCAAAAAAGAAUCUAAGAUUGAAUUAAAAAAAGAUGAAUUAAAAGAUGGUAUAAAAGAAGAACAAAAAGUUGAACAAAAAAUGUUUGUGGAUGAAGAGGAUGGUUUAAAAAUAAGUGAGGAUGCGAUGAAACUAAUUAACGAAGAAUUGGAAAAAGAAAAUCAACCGAAAACGACGGAAUCUCAAUUGAAGGCGGUUGUUAAAGGUGGUGAUUCGUUGAAGAAAACGGUUUCGUUUAGAAGAAAAUCGAAACAAGAUGAUCCCGAUGGCGUUUAUGAAGAUGUUAAAGUUAGCAAUGGUAAAGAUGGGAAACUUAAAGAUAUAAAAGUAUUGGAUUCGGGGCAAUCAAUGUCUGUUGAUGAAGAAAAAACUUAUUUGGAUGAAAAGAUGAUCAAAACUACGUCUUUGGAAGAAGAUUAUAAUAAAUGGUCAAAAUUAACUGAUCAUGAAUACGAACCGAUUAAUCCCCCAGCACCAUCUCCAACUCCUCAACCACAACAAGAAAUUAAACCACAACAAAUUAAAUCAUCGUUAAAGAAACCCACCUCAAUUAGAAUACCUUUACAUGAUGAUGUAAUCGUGCAAGAUGAACCAAUAGAAACUGAAGACAUCGAUGAGGAACCACCAAUUGAAUUAUCAACACUUUCAACACCAUCAUCAUCAAAAACGCCAGAGGAGAGCCAAAAAAAUAAGUUUCAAGAAGCGUUUAAGGCUCAAGCGGGGAAAAUACGGACAAAGUUUAAAAAUAUUAAAAGACCUCAAAAUUUGGAUAAGCUUAAAAUAAAGAAACCCCACAUUAACAUUAACGUUCCGAAAAUUCCGGAUACCGUCAAACUAAAUUUACCAUCUUUUACGCUCCCCAAGAAAACAACGGUGGUAAAAACGCGACAAUACUCAACCGAAUCGAAUGUUGGAGGUACAAAAAAGAAAUUUUUCGACUUUAGUACGUACCCGAGAAUAUUUAAACGAAAAAAUAAAAAUGAAUUUGACGAUCUCGAUGUUACUUUACCACGGAAGAACAAAGACAAAGAAAAGAAAAAGGAUUCUCCGAAAAAAUCGAAAGAUUCCCCGAAAAUUAUUAGAAUACCUUUACAUUCAGAGGAAUCGAUGGAUCGCGAAGAUCUCGAUUUAACCCAUCGAUAUGAUGAAGACAUCGACAUUGAGAAUGAUUAUUUAAGGGAAAGCCAAGAAAUGCACGAAAUUAACAAAGCUAACGCAGAAACACAAAAGUUUAAUCAAGAUUUUAACAAAUACAACAUCGAAUUUAAUAACGAUUUAACAAGAAAUCGUUGGAAACAUGGCAAAUUUUACGGGGAAAAUUUGAAUGAAAUCGAUCAAAACGAAGAUGUUGCAAUAACCGAUUUAGACAACGAUUUAGAUGUGUCCCAAAAUAUCCCACAAGAUACUCACCAACAAGAUUAUAACAUCCAACAAGAUUUUAAUAAUCAAAAUCAAGAAAUUUCUAAAGAUCUUGAUAUUCCCCAAGAUUUCAGACCUGAUUAUAGAUCGAUAAGCAGUUCGGGAGAUAUUCACAGACGUGGUGUGUUAGAAGAAAUCGAUUCAGAUGAAUUUUUCUUAAGGGAAAAAGGAAUUUCCCAAGAUAAUAUUCAAAUAUCAUCACAAAUUAAAGAAACGUUCAAACCGACCAAUAAAAUCCCCGCUGAUGAUAGUUUCGAAACCGACCAAAGCGUACAAGAAGUGCCUAAAAGAAGACCAAUCAAGAAACCGAAAAGAAAGAAAACACCUAACGUGUCACGCGAACAAAUUAGUUACGAACACGAAUCCGAACCUGAAGAGGAAAAAGUUCAAGUUGAACCAAUUAGACCUAAAAGAAAACCUAAAAAGAAAAAGGAUGAAAAUGAAUUUUUGGAUUAUCAUCGACCCUACGUCGGUGAUAACGAUUUAAGAAGAGCCGUUUCUGAUAACGUUUUAGGGAAAGAAGACGAUCAUCACUUUUACGACGGCGAUUUUAGGAAAGAUUUUCCCCAAAUGUACGAAAACGAACAAAUGGAGGGAAUCGAUCAACCCAAUAUACUUUUAAGCGAUCCUUACGAAAAAGAGAAUGUUAUUUUAAGUUCGAAGCCGCAAAAUGGGUUUCCCGAAGCGCCUCCAAGGAAACAGAAGAGCUUGAAAAGUCUUGUAUCUGAACAUGAUUCUAUUAUCGACGAAAUUACCUACGUCAAUCAAAACAAAGAGAUUGAAGCUUAUCGUGUUGAACACGAAUACAUCAUCCCAACACCAGAAGAACCCCCUCAAAGACCGUCUCGAACCAGAAGUAGGACGAGAUCUCAAUCGAGAACUAAUCAAUCUGAGCGCGACCUGCAAGAAAUAGAAGAACAAUUAAAAUUCGAAGAACAACUACAAGAACAACAUUUGCCACAAAAUAAUGAAGAACCAUGCGUUGAAGAACCCUGUGUCCAAACGAUUUGUGAUUAUAUGGGUUAUGCGAUCAUCGAUAAAUCAAAACAAAAAGAUCCUCCACUUCCGCCACCUCCAAGAAAGAAACGUUCUGCCGGGUCCCCGACGGAUGCAAAAUUUUUUACUUGCCCACGUCCGUUAAAAGAUGAUGCACCGAUUAGACCAACAAGAAAUUAUAGCACCUUAGUCCCAAAAAGUUCUAAAUCGUCGAUUAAUGGGAGAAGUGCUGAAAAAGAAAAUGUUGAUAUUGGCCAAUACAUCGAAAUUGAAGACGAAGAGGGACAUUCGAGGUUACAAUCGGGUGAUGUUGUGAAAAAAAUGAAAGAUCGACCGUUACCAGCACCUCCAAGACCGCCAAGGUCGAAAGGAAAGGAACAUAGUAAAUCUCCUUUGAGCGAUAUAACCAAUUUAAAUAACGUUGAUGAUGAAAAGGGUUCGAUCAAACAGUUUCAAGAAAGCGAAGUUUCCGUUCAAACUGAACCUCUACCGGAAGGGUUCGUAUGCGAAGAAUUAGUCGAAGAAAAAGGUGAUAAAGUUUUAACCCCGAGACAAAGAGCUUUCAAAGAAUUCGAGCACCAAGAAACCAUAACGCAUGGUGCUUUAGUUGUAGCCCCCGUUCCAGAAAAAUACGAGGAAGGACCGAUUACGCAAUUUUCAAGAUCGACAGAAAAAAUUAUUACAAUUCGGAGAGAAACUGAUGAUAAAACAGAAAAGAAAGAACCCGAAACAAAAAUAAUCGAACGAAUCAUCGAAAAACCAGUCCAAUUAGACCAAGUUCAAGUUUUAAAAGCUCAAAAACUUCAAAUUGAGGAUUUAGAUGUAAAUCGAUUAACAGUUAAUGAGUUAUUAGCGAGUAAAAUAAAAGUGUCUGAAAUCGAGGGAGAUUCAAUGAAAAUUUCCGAAAUAAACCCCGAAGGUGGAAAUAUUAUUGUUGGAGGUGUUGAGUUUUCAGGAAGUUUUUUAAAAGGAUUAAUCGGCCAGUUAGAAAAACAAAAAGAUGAAACUACUUCAAUACAUCAUGAGACGCCUCCAGAAAAAUUUAAAGUACACCAAGAAAUUAAAAAGGACGAAUCAAAACAAUCACAACAAAAUAUUAUUGAAGAUAACGUCCAAGAUUUAAGUAGAGAUGAAGCUGAAGAAAUUGCUAACGAUAUUUUAUCAGAUCUCGUACAAGAAUUAAACACAACUGAAAAUCAACAUUUAUUGCAUCAUUUCUCGCUGAGUGAACAAAAAAAAACUCCGAUUGAACCACCAAUGCGCCCCCCGAGACAAACCCAAAAAAUUCGCGAAGAAAUGAAAGAAUUAGAAGAAAGAAUUCUCCAAGACGACCUUCCUGAGUUAACACCCGAAUCAACCCCACCUCCUCCAAGACCUCCUCAACCUAGGUUUCCAAGUGAAUUUCAAGAGACGAUUUGGUCUCAACCUCCUCCUUCCUUUUAUAUGUUAAGAUCUCCAAUUUUAUCACCGUUUAUGGACGAUGAAGACAUUCCUUCGCCACCUAGAAGAAAACGACCACCGAAACAACAAUCGAGACAUCAACAACAACAUUCUGAAUCGAGUUCUGAAGAUGUAGCUCCACCUGCGAGAGGUCGGAGACAUCGAACUCCAUCGGAACCUUCGAUACCUCAAUUGGCUGCUCAAUUAACAGGGGCAUGUUUGGUGGCUGGCGACAAAGCAUUUAAGAGACUUAUAAAGCACAUUACAGCGAAUGUGCUUAGAAAUAGCGAUGGUAGACAAGAUUUACAUGUAACGGUCGUUAUAUUAUUAGUUUUGAUCGCUGGAUUGAUUCUUUUGGGUUCUGGUGGUGGAGGAACAACCGUCCAUAUGCAUCAUUGGGAGUAUUUUAAUCCACCUAGAGAUAUUUAAUCUUUUUUUUUUGAAACAGAUAUUGUUUUUUUUUUAAUUCUAGUCUUUGUUAUUUAAGCCAAAAAUUACUUAAAACGAUGUGAAUAUUAAUUGUUAUAUGUUUAAAUAGUUUUUUUUUGUCCCCAAGGUUUGUAUAAAGUUGUUAUUGAUGAAUGGUAAUAAAAAUAAUCGAUUUUUGUUUGA